AUGACAAACACAUUCUUAUUUCUCCUCUUUUGUUCCUUGAUUAGAUCUUCAGCUUCAAACAAGAAUGCUCUUCAUGACUAUCAUCAUCUUCAAAGAGGCUCUUCUUUAUCUGUUGCUGAUGCUUCACACCUCUUAACUUCCCCAGACAAAUCUUUUACUUGUGGUUUCUAUAACUUCCAACGAAACGCUUACUGGUUCGCAAUCUGGUUCACAAACUCCAAAGACCGAACCGUGGUUUGGACAGCCAACCGCAACACUCCUGUCAACGGUCGUGGCUCAAAGGUUACGUUUCGGAGCAACGGAGCCAUGGUUUUGACUGAUGUGGAUGGCAUGGUUGUAUGGGAGACAAACACAACGUCGACGAAUGUAAAUAGCGCGAUGUUGCUUGAUACAGGUAAUUUCGUAUUGAAGAACCAUAAAGGUCAGAUUCUUUGGCAAAGUUUUGAUUAUCCAACAGACACACUUUUGCCUUCUCAAACACUAACAAAAAGCAAAAACUUGAUAUCUGCUUCAAGAAAAGGAAGUCUUGAAUCUGGGUAUUUCCAUUUGAGUUAUAACAGUAUUAAUGUUUUAACAAUGGUCUACGAUGGCCCAGAUAUAUCAAGUGUGUACUGGCCUAGUCCUGAUCCUGGUUUUAAUGUUUGGGCUUAUGGAAGAACCUCCUAUAAUAGUAGCAGAAUUGCAACCUUUAAUGAUUUCGGCGUGUUUACCUCGAGCGAUAGGUUGCAAUUCAGUGCUCUAGAUAUGGGUCUUGGGAUCAAAAGGAGACUAACCAUGGACUAUGAUGGUAAUCUCAGAAUUUAUAGCUUGAACGAAUCAACUGGAUUAUGGUCGAUAUCAUGGCAAGCUCUUGCACAACCAUGCACCGUUCAUGGAAUUUGUGGGAGAAAUGGGAUUUGUAUACAUGGAGAAAAACCGAGAUGUUCGUGCCCGCCUGGUUACGAGUGGAGCAACCCUACUGAUUUAACUCAAGGAUGCAAGCCUACUUUCAAGAAAAGAUGUAAAAACUCAACAAGGUUUGGAUUUUUAGGACUGCCGUAUACAGAUUACUAUGGGUUUGAUCUAAAUUUUUCAUCAUCCAUUUCUUUCGAAUCUUGUAGAGAUAUCUGCUUGAAAGAUUGUGGUUGUGAAGCAUUUAGUUAUAGGCGAACUGGUGAAGGUAAUUGCUUCGCUAAAAGUGUCCUCUUCAAUGGCCUCCAAUCAUCUAAUUUUCCAGGAACCCUAUAUUUGAAAGUACCAAUAGGCAUGGAAACACUAGACAAUAUCCUUUCUGGUUUUGAGCCCACAUGUGUGGAUACUACCAUUGUCGUGGGUUCAUCAUCUAUGUACGGAUCAUCUGACAAAAAGGUGAAAUGGGUUUCUCUUUACUCCUCUUUGGCUAUUGGUGUGGUUGAAUCUUUAGCCAUCUUAUUUGCAUGGUGGCUUUUCUAUGGGAACAACGAACUCAUAGCCAACCUAGAAUACGGGUAUUGUAUGAUAUCAAGUCAAUUCAGGGGUUUUAGUUAUCAAGAAUUGAUGAAAGCGACACAAGACUUUAAGGUAGAGAUAGGGCGAGGAGGCUCUGGGGUCGUGUAUAAAGGGGUUCUUGAAGACGAAAGGGUGGUGGCUGUGAAAAGACUCGAGGAUGUGAGUGGAGGAGAGUUUUCGACAGAGAUAAGCACCAUCGGUCAAAUUAAUCACAUGAAUCUAGUCCGAAUGUGGGGAUUCUGCUCGGACAAAAAACAUAGACUUAUAGUUUAUGAGUAUGUGGAAAAUCUCUCUCUUGACAAGAGAUUGUUUUCCUCGAGUUUUCUUCAAUGGGAUGAACGUUUCAAAGUUGCCAUUGGCAUAGCAAAAGGUUUGGCUUAUCUACACCAUGAGUGCCUAGAGUGGGUUAUCCAUUGUGAUGUAAAGCCCGAAAACAUUCUUUUAGAUGGUGCACUUGAACCAAAGAUUGCAGAUUUUGGUUUGGCAAAGUUGUCUCGAAGAGGUGGACAAAAUUCGGAGUUCACUAGGAUUAGAGGGACGAAAGGAUAUAUGGCUCCAGAAUGGGCACAUAACCUGCCCAUCACAGCCAAAGUCGAUGUGUAUAGCUAUGGGGUUGUGGUUUUAGAACUUGCAAAAGGUAUUCGGGUUUCUAGUAUAAUUGUACAUGAAGGAGAAGAGGAAGUAUCAGAGCUCAUGAGGCUUUUAAAGGUAACAAGAAGAACUAUUCAAGAAGAAAAUGAGUUAUGUUUAGAAGAGAUUAUUGAUCCACGGUUGGAAGGGUUAUUUAAUAAGCAACAAGCUAAAAAACUGGUUGAAAUCGGUCUCAGUUGUGUGGAGGAGGACAGAAAUAAAAGGCCAACAAUGGAUCUGGUAGUCCAAAUUCUAAAUGAUUGUGAGAGUCAGUAA